CGUCGACAUUUGGAAUACCACACAGUACCCUUUCGACUAACCGCGAGAGAGACAUGUGCAGGAUUAUAUGGAGUAUCGUGGCAUCCGGAAUAACAAAGAGGUGGGAGUUGGAGUGCCGGAGGAUGACGAGGUGCAGGAUGUUUUGGACAGGGAGGGGGAGGACAGCGAGGGAGGACAGUGUGGCGCCGAGGACGAUGAGAUGGACACAGGGACGGAGGGUGAGGGCGAGGGACCGACGGAGAACGGCGGUGAGGACGAUGUUAUGGAGUUAGGAGCGUCCCUUCAGGGGGGAUCAUUGAAGGCACGACGCACUGCUCAUCAGACAAGGACUCGCGCGCCUAUGGAUGGUCGUGGGAAGAGGAGGGCGGACACCGCUCCUGCGGCACGCGUGCCGGACCCGAAACGUUUGAAGCAGGUCAGACUGGAUGAGAUGUACGACCCGGAGUGGCAGACCACCUUCGACCAUCUCUUCCUGCAGUGGUGGUAUAUUGGCGGUGUCCCAUUUGAGAGGGCGAGGAUGCCCGAGUACAGGGCCCUCACGAGACAUUUGCAGAACAUGCCCUUGGGCAUGAAACCUACUUUGCCCCAGUUCAAGCGUAUAGCAUGCAGUGGCAUACAGGAGGAGCGUGCGUACAUAGUUGAUAAGCUACGUGACAUACGCGAGCAGAUGCAGAACACAGGGGCUACCAUCCUCACGGAUCGUCAGACGUCGUCUUGCAGCGCUGGAAGAAGAUCAGGUACUCUGCCGCCGGGGUCAUUGACGGACGAGGACAUUGUGCACCAGGCGCGCAGGAUGCAGCGUGCCUCGACGGUUCGCCACCCCCCUGCAAUUCAGACUAUGUUUGGUCGUCGUGCAGCUCAUAUUGAGCUGUACCACGAGGAGAUCGAGUACGAUCCACCCACGAACCCGCAUGCUGCAGAUGAGAUGGAGGCAGGGCCCUGGACGGACCCGGAGGACUUGGAGCAGAGAGGCAGUGACACACCUGAUGUUGGUGACGAGUUCGGCGGAGAGAGUGAUCAUGAGGCUGCCAGUGAUAUGUGUUCGCGGGAUCGGCAGAGCCAUUGUGAUGUUGAUCGCAUGACCCCUCCCUUGACUAGGAGUGCGACGGAUAGACGGCGCAAUCAGACACAGGUUGUGCGAUCGUCGAGCGAGGACGAGGGAGGUGACAGGUCAGACGACGGAGAUGCCGCCGAUAACGAGGACUCCGACGUCGAGAGAGAGGGACCCGACCAGGACAGAGGACAUGGGGACGAGUAUGGAUUCGACGGUGGUGACGGUAAUGGGCUGAUUGAGGACGGAGCGGGUGGCGCCUUCCUUGUUACUCCUAGCCCCAGUGCAGCGGGCGGGGGCGGUAGUGGCGGACAUGGAUUUGGUUUGGCGGUACCGCAGGGAUCGAUUCCCUCAGGCAUUUUCAGUGACGGCUUCGACCUUGGACGUCCACCCACUUCAGAUGCUUGGCGCGGUGGGGACACGACCAGGGCGAGGGAGAUGGGGUGUAGUGUAGGGGAGGUCACUGCCGCCAGACUAGCAGCAGAGUGUAGACACGAUGGUCCUGCAGAUGUUGCAGAUGGUGGAGGACUCAGCACAGAGGGACACGUGGUGGAUCGUGCGGACGACCACCAGGAGGACGCGAGGGUAGGGUUGGGUGGUUUAUGUGGGGCCAGCGACACGGUACUACCCACUACUGAUGAGGCGGACGGGGGCGACGGCGCGGCCACGAUAGUUGCAGGGGGGUUGCUUGGGUGCGAUGGCACGGAGGUGGAUGCUAUGGUUGCACAUCGCAACGAGGAGGAGCGACAGGUGGACCCUGGGGACGUUGUUGCACACCCUGUAGAGGCACACGUGCCCAACAUGUUCCCACUCGAGCGCCACACUGUUGGGAUUGAUCCAGUGAUGGGCAGGAGCAAGCAUAUAUCGAAGAGGCUUUGGAAGGCUGUGCCUCCAUGUUCUUUCAUGCCUGUUAGUCCGCCAGCACCCUCGGGGGUACCGGGGGAUAUUGGGAAAACUAUGGAGAUGGCCGACUUGUUCAAGCAAUUGACAGGUCGGAGGGUUAUCGACCCGGGAGGGGUAUCAUGGGGAGCAGGGCCAGUUGCUGCAGGGAAACGACCAGCAUGUGCAGGGGCGGUGAGUGGACGGGGAGGUGAGUCUGGUGACAGUUUUGUGGGCGGGGGAGGUGGUCCCGCAGUUGUCGGCGGACGGUCGGGCCUUUCGGGCGGGAGUUUUGGUUGGGGAGAGGGUUCUGCUGCGCCGGCGACGGCAGGAGAGCGCGGGCAGGUGCAGGGUUCUCCAUCACCUUCAUUGAAGGCGAAGGGGAAGUCCGUAUCGUGGAGCGGCAUCAGCAGGGUCACCCGCAAACUCAAGGAUGCUAUGCCUGGGGUCACGGGUGAGAGGAGGGAUCGUGAGGGGAGGUUGACAGAGAUGUUUGCGGACGCAGCAGACUGGGUAUGGAAGGGAGAAAGGUUGGAGCAUCCUAGUGUCGGGUCGUCGUGUGCUGCAGAUCGACGGGGCAGCACGAUGGUUGCACCGCCGUCACGACUGCCCACAACAGGUGAGGCACAGCGAGAUGGUCAUCAAUGUCCGAAAGGGCGAUCUUCCACACGUGCUUUGCCAGGUGCCCGACCACCCCCAGCAUUGCUGGAGGAUAACCCUGAUCUUGUCACUUUGCAGACGAGCCGUGGAGGUUGUACUUCUACUGCACACAGGAUACUGGAUGAGGAGCCGCGACGUCAGACGGGUACAGGACCGGGCAGUCGUCGAGCUGCUGGGGGUCGCACGGAGGAUUCCACGACGGAUGGGGUGCCCAUGCCUAGGGGUAGGAAGACAUACACGACUCUGACUGGCGUUUUGGGACGUUCUGCUGGAGGGGGUGUUGAGAGAGAGGCGGAGGUCCAGGAGGCAGAGAGGGUGGCAGCCAGAGCAGUUGCCAGUCGUGCCGUAUCUGCGUCACAGCAUCUGGAGAGGGAGAGGAGACGGCGGUGAAGGUGCGCAAAGGUGGCGAGAGCGCAUCAUCGACGAUGAUGACAUAGACGACGGGCAGUGCGAUGCGUCGUAGACUAGGACUUCGAUUUCGC